CGCGUGCGGUGCAAUUUGAGCAACAUCUGCGGCACGCGAGUGUGCGACACCUUCACGCUGAGGAAUUGCAUUGUUUGUCCUUUGUGCUGGGUUUGUCCUCGGGUCGAUUUGCUGGCGUUUUGUGAAGACGUAACAUGUGAGCAGAAAUAUUAACACGAGCUAUUAUUAAACCGCGUCCUGUUUGAAGAAGGAUGAACUGCGUGAGAGUGAAGAGGAACAUGCAGGUGUGAGAAGAUGCUCUUCUCGGGUAAAACGACUCCUGUGCCUGGUCUGGACACCUGUGCGGAUUGUACACACAGAGAAAUCACAAGCCCAUAAGGAUAAAAGUGCAGCAAAUGGAUGGACGCACUGAAAAACGAGAGACGGCGGGAGAUGCUGCUGUCAUCAUCGUUGAGAACGAAGCUGAGAGCAUUCCUUUGCCAGAGAAAAAGUCCGGCGUAACCUGCCAAAAUUACCUGGACACUUGUCCCGUUUGCCAUCUAAACUUUCACAGUCGUGAGCCCAGGCUUCUGCCAUGUCUGCACUCUUUUUGCAAGAAAUGUUUGCCAACGCCCUCAAGGAAUUUGGCCAUGACGGAGCCGCCAAACUCCCAGGUUGACACGGCGACCAAACCACUGAAUGUGAUCCGCUGUCCGGUGUGUAGGCAGGAGUGUGUGGAGGUAGAUGUGAUGGAAAACGUCUUUGUGAAGGACUCAGUUGAGGCUCCAAGCAGCACAGUGGAGCGGGCAGUCCAGCUCUGUAUGACCUGUGAUGACAACACUGAAGCGGCUGGGUUUUGUGUGAACUGCGUUGAGUACCUCUGUGCCACCUGUGUGGAGGCCCACCAAAGAGUCAAAUUCACCAGAGACCACACCAUCAGACAGAAAGCAGAAGCAUCACAAGAGGGCCAGGGCAUCUCGGCUCCGAGGCCGAUGUUCUGCGACAUCCACAAACAAGAGCCACUGAAGCUGUUCUGUGAGACCUGUGACCUCCUAACCUGUCGUGACUGCCAGCUAGUCAAGCACAAGGAUCACAAUUACCAGUUUCUUGAAGAUGCUUAUAAAUACCACAGACAGCACAUCGAGAGCAUGACGCAUCAGCUGCAGGAGAAAAAGAAACUGAUUGAAGAGGUAUCAAGCUCCAUAAACAAUGGACUCCUUCAAGUUGAUCAGAACCGUUCAUCCGUUCACAGCGAAAUAAAGAAAUCUGUCUGCAGUUUGAUUCUUGAGAUAAACAAGAAGGGCAAGAUGCUAAUGAAUCAGCUUGAGGUUGUAACAAAGGAUCAUGAGAGUGUAUUACGAAAACAACAGGAGGACAUCGGCUAUCUAUCCAGACACCUGGAUCAUGUCAUUAACUUUAUAAAAUGGGCCACGGCCAGGAAAGGAAGCACGGCCCUGUUGUGCUGUAAACGUUUGAUUCUGUUUCAGAUUGGAAACCUCCUGCGGGCAAAAUGUAGUACCUCAUUUGUCCCGCGCAGCACUGUGCGCUUCCAGUGUCAGUCCUCUUAUUGGGCCUCGAAUGUUGAUCUGGGCUCUUUAGUAGUGGAGAGUGUACCAGGCCACCAGCUGGGUGGUUUUCAGGGCAUUCCUCAUCGUCUCUCCCAGCCUGGGCAGGUCCCCUCAGGCUCACCCCACAGCUUUGCUGUGGGAGGGCCCCACAGCACUCUGGCUCAGCUCCAGAUGCAGGUUGACAAGCUAACCCCACCGACCCCCUGGCAGCCUCAACCACCUCCUCCAUCGUGGGCAUGGUACCAGAGUGUUCGACUGCAGCGAACUAUUGGAGGGCCCCUGCAAGGAGGCUCUCUCUCCCACAGUAUGCCUCCCCAGCCAGGCCGCAGGUUCAUGGUCCCUCCUCCCAGCCAUGUCAGCCCAACUAGCAGCUUACCAAGCCCUGGGUUUACGCCCCAGCCUCAGAGUGGAACUGAGAGCAGCUCCAGUUACCAAUCCAAACCUGUAGAUGUAUUUUCCUCUUCACCUGUGUUCACCAAUAUGACACUGCCCAUCAAUGGUGGCAUCAGUUCGCCUCAGUCCCAACACGCGAUUGAGCCCACGUAUCUGAACAGGAAGAGUGUAACAGGUGGUCCAGUAUAUAUGCUGAAACCCAGCUAUCCCCUGACCAUGCCCUCUUCUUUGCCACACAGAAAUGUGCAAGGACAGCAGCAUUCAGCAGAGUACGCUGCUGUAUCGCAGGAGGAGAAACCAGGGACUGUUUGCCUGAAAGCUCCAGAAACACACCAGACUAGUGCAGAAGUGGGCCCAGCUGUCAAGAAAAGACGGAGGUUGUCACCAGGGCCCAUCAUAGUCAUCAAAGAUGAGCCAGACAAUGACAGUAACUACGUACAAACCAACCAAAGAGCCAACCUCCCUGACAGCACAGAUGACCAACCCCAAAUCAGCACCCAUGAUGAGGGGAACAAAGUCCCAACUCUUCAAAGCAUAGACGACAAACCACACACCUUUUCACACUCUCCAAGCAGUCCACAGAACCAGAGUAACGCUAAUGAUCCUGAUCACAUCCGUUCACUGGGAGGAGAACAGCGCCGAGCUCUGCUGGAAGAUUUUAAUGAAGUCUUGUGUGCUGUGUGUGAGACUGGGGGAGAGCUGUUGUGCUGCGUUAAUUGUCCCAAGGUUUUUCACCUUUGGUGCCAUGUUCCAACUCUCCACAAAUCUCCCAGUGGGGAAUGGUUUUGCUCUUUCUGCCGAGAUCUGUUAAUGCCUGAGAUGGAGUAUGAAAGCGAACCUGAAGCCAAAACAGUAAAGAAGGAGCCAGAUUCUGAAGGAGGAUUUCCCACUGAGGAUAAGCGAAAGUGUGAGAGGCUGUUGCUGCACUUGUUUUGCAGUGACCUGAGUUCAUACUUUCAAGAGCCCGGAUCCCCCUCGGUACAUGCUAAUAACAGGCUGACCACAAAUGGACCAAUGACUCUUUCCACUGUGAAAAAAAGACUGGAGGCUAAGCAGAGUCCGUACUACCAAAACCCUGCAGAGUUUGUAUCAGACGUCAGGCUCGUCUUUAGGAACUGUUUAGUCCUCGGUGAGGAAGACACAGAGGUCAUCAUGGCUGGCAGGAAGCUUAAAGAGCUGUUUGAAGAGCAUCUGAGGAUCAUCUUCCCUGACCAGACCUUUCCAGAAAUCAAAGUGGAGAUAAACCCUGCUGCCCAUUCUGACUCUGAACUCUCAUCUGAUGACAAUAUAUCCCAGCCUGUAAAGCUGCAGCAUACGUGAGGCGUUUGUAUCGUACAUGAAUCUUAUUAAAGGAACAGUUCACCCAAAAAUGAAAUUAUCUACUCACCAACAUGCCAGUGGAAAUUCUGGUGAAGAUUCUUAGUGCCACUAAACAUUUCUGCAGCUUCACAGCAAAACAGCUUGACAGGUUUGAUGAAGAUGGGUGUUUGUUUAAAAAUGUGCAAAAAAAAAAAAAAAUCAAGAUCAGCAAGAACAUGCAAUGUUUGCAUACCACAGUGUUUACCUUCUACCUGGGGUCAACUCUGCCAGCACCAGCUAAUAUACACUUUAUUACAGACAUCUAUGAUGCAUAAUUACCUUCAGAUCAGCAAAAAUGUUUUAUAUGUUUAUGAUUAAAUUGUAUUACAAACAUACAGCUGUGAUGCAGGGCACCAAGUUAGUUAUAUUUUCUGGACUAAACUGCAUUACAGCGAUUGUAUUCACUCUGACUAAACCUUGGAGAUUUAGACCUUCAUGAAAACAGUACGUACAUGCUGCACAUCUGGGUGUUUACAGGGUAAAGCUGAUUAUUGUAAGCAGUCUUUUGUUUUGGCUAAGUUACCAACUCAAGUUAACCAUUUGCUCUUAACACGUGAUGAGUUUUGCUCACAGCUCAUCACCACCGAGCUAACAGAUGGUAUGGUCGGGUCUGGUGUGUUUUUCCUGUUUCGCUCUCCAUGUGUAAAUAUAGCAGUGAUCAGAGGAAGGACGAUAUUCAUGAGUUUUAAAGUUUGUUGUCUUUCUUAUGUGGAAUCAGAUGUGUUGAGGCCAGUAAAAUGAAAACGUCUCAGGAAUCAAAACUGUUUGAUAAAAAGACAAAUUGAUGAAGAUGUUCAGUUGUCACAAAAUAUGUCUGCUUGAUCCAAUCUUCAGUCUUUAUAACACAGGGCACAGCUACAGAUUUAAUGUUAAGAAUGUCAAUGUUAUGUGUAAUUUUAUUUAUUUAUUUAUGUUUAUUUUAAAAAAUUAUGUUAUUGUGAAGAGCUAAGCAAAUGUUUUGUGAGGCUCAACAUGUCUUCAAUACACUCACCAUUAUAAGAGCCAGACCCUUUACUGUAGCCAUAAACCUGCUUGCAUGCAAGCCAACCUGCAACCUGUUUUCAGGGUACAAUAAAACACGAUACUCCUCCUGCACCCAGUAACUGCAC